AUGCCUUCACUCCACAGCUCUCUAUCACCAGCUCUGCCGCGCUGCCUCUGUAAACCACGACCAGCCGAUAUAUCUGCCCUCCUCUACAAACGAAGUUCUCUACGCACGCGAUCACUGUACACCACGACACGUGCCCCUCACCAACGAACACUUUCUACAUUUGCGCCUAUCCAUUGCCGGGUUCAAGCCACACCUCAUCAGCCAGCCUUCCCCCAUAUCCGGAGUAUGGCGAGCGAUAGCGACUACAUGUCCUUCUUGGACAAGGCGAACGAGGAUGUUUCAGGUGGAGGGAAGGCGACUACGCAGUCAAAGGGACAGUUCCAGUUCAAGGCGACAGACACCGGGGCCAAGGUGCCCAAGGAGAUCAAGGAUGCUAUCAAGGACACUUUCAUGAUCAGCGAGGCUGACGAGCCUUUCGAGGCCGUUUCUUUGGAGGUCAAGGAGGACUCGUUGCCUGAUGAAGUUCAAUUCGCGGAGCUCAUAAACCACUGGGACCCCAACUCAGCAGACAUCGAGAUUCUUGAUCCUCUAGAUUGGGAUAAGAAGGGGCGGUAUACAAAGGUGAUUGAGGCGGUCCGACAAGCUACUGAGGGUAACGACGUGAGAGUCUACCGCGUACCAAAGGAUGCAACCAGGGCAGAAUAUUGGGUCAUUUCUGUGUCGGGGGGCCGAGCACGAGAUAUUGUGCCGUCCCUGGACACGGUCCGGCAGGUUUUGACUGCUGCCCGCAGUUCUAGCAGCAAACGGCAACCGAACCUUGUCCCCGUAUACCGCCAAAUCUCCUCCGAUCUCAUCACCCCUUCCGCGGCAUACCUCAAGGUGAGCGCCGCCUCGAAAGACGACAAUUACUCCUUCCUCUUCGAAUCCGCAGCCACCGAGCAGCUCGGACGGUAUAGCUUUGUCGGCGCCGGCCCUCGCAAGAUCUUGACGACGGGUCCCGGAUACGGCGAGGAGACGGAUCCCUUGCGCGGUCUGGAGAAGGAACUGGCAGAGUAUGUGGUAGCGCAGGUCCCUGGGCUGAAGCUCCCUCCCAUGGCUGGAGGAGCUGUCGGGUACGUCGGGUACGAUUGCGUGCGCUACUUCGAGCCCAAGACGGCUCGCCCCAUGAAGGAUGUGCUCAAGGUGCCCGAGUCGCUAUUCAUGCUAUACGACAGCAUUGUCGCCUUCGACAGGUUUUACGGCAUCAUCAAGGUCAUCUCCUACGUCCAAGUACCCGCGGGCCAGGACGACAAGGGACUGGAGGAGGCAUACGCCGAGGCCGGCCGCACAAUCGACAGACUAGUCGACGUCCUCGAGUCUCCAGAGGUCGUCCUCCCCAAGCAGGAACCAAUCCAGCUCGGCCAGGAAUACACAUCCAACAUUGGCCGCGACGGGUACGAGGCCCACGUCACGAAGCUGAAGGAGCACAUCGUGGCGGGGGACAUCAUCCAGGCCGUGCCGAGCCAGCGGUUCGCCCGCCCGACCAACCUGCACCCCUUCAACAUCUACCGCCACCUGCGCACCGUCAACCCCUCGCCGUACCUCUUCUACGUUGACUGCAAGGACUUCCAGCUCGUCGGCGCCUCGCCCGAGCUCCUCGUCAAGAGCGAGGAGGGCCGCAUCAUCACGCACCCCAUCGCGGGGACGGUGAAGCGCGGCGCCACCCCGGAGGACGACGAGCGCCUCGCCGACGAGCUGCGCUCCUCCCUCAAGGACCGCGCCGAGCACGUCAUGCUCGUCGACCUGGCCCGCAACGACGUCAACCGCGUCGCCGACCCCCUGACCGUCCGCGUCGACCGCCUCAUGGUCGUCGAGAAGUUCAGCCACGUCCAGCACCUCGUGUCCCAGGUGUCGGGCGUCCUCCGGCCCGGGCAGACCCGCUUCGACGCCUUCCGCUCCAUCUUCCCCGCGGGGACCGUCUCGGGCGCCCCCAAGGUGAAGGCCAUGGAGCUCAUCGCCGAGCUCGAACGCGAGAAGCGGGGGAUCUACGCGGGGGCGGUCGGGUACUUUGGCUACGACGGCGUGGACGAGAAGGGUGCCGAGGUGGAGGGCGCGAUGGAUACGUGCAUAGCGCUGAGGACGAUGCUCACUAAGGACGGCGUGGCAUAUCUACAAGCUGGCGGCGGUAUUGUAUUUGACUCGGACGAGUACGAAGAGUGGAUGGAGACGAUUAACAAGCUAGGGGCCAACAUGCAUUGCAUCACUUCAGCGGAGCAGCUGUAUCACGCUCAGCAGCAACGGUCGGCUUAG